AUGGGGGACUGGAGCAUGCCCAUCAGCUCGCUGAAUGAGGAGGUGCUGGCCAGGCUCUGUGAGCUCCUGGAUAACGCUGGGCGUGGCUGGCGCAAGCUGGCAGAGAUGGCCGGGCUGGAGAAACGCUUCAAGUGCAGUGCAGAGGAACUGGAGAUGUGCUCACUGAAGGUGCUGGAGCCCCACGGCAGCCCCACGCAGUGCCUCCUGCAGCUCCUGGCCGAGCGUGACUGCAGCCUCAAGUACCUGCUGGGCUGCCUGGAGAGGAUGGGGCACACGCAGGCCUGCCAGGUCCUCAGCACUGCUGUCCAGGACAUGAUCCACAUCACAGUGCAGCCAGAGUCACAGGUGGUGACAGAGGGGACAAGAGUGUGCCUGACCUGCUGGGCAGCUGGACCCCCGGGGCUCGUGUACCAGUGGUUCUGUGGCAAGAGCGAGGUGCCUGGAGCCACAGCCCCAGAGCUGGUGAUUGACACGGCCACGCUGCUGGGCGAGCCCGAGUGGUACAUCUGCAGGGUGAGCUCUGGAGCCACCUUUGCCUUCUCCAGGUGGGCCCACAUCCAGGUGGAGAGGAGCAGCAGCCCCAUAUCAGGUGGACAGUGGUUACUGCCCCACCAUGACAGGGCUGCAGAUCCUGCGGCAGCCGCAGCCCUGCCGCCUGCUGAAGGGGACACACUGGCACUGGAGUGCAGAGCCAUUGGCAACCCUCCGCCCCAGUACCAAUGGUACAGGAACUGGUGCCCCGUGGAGGGUGCACAGGCACCUCAGCUCCAGGUAAAGCUGGCGACAACAGCUGAGAGAGGCAGCUACUCCUGCCAUGUGUUCAACCUCUUCCAUGAGGUGUGGAGCCGGGAAGUGAAUGUGGAGAUUGGCCCACGUCUCUUCACCUCUGGAGGCUCCUGGCAGGAGGGGAACAGAGGCUCCCCAGAGUGCAGCAGCUCUGGCCAGCUGUAUGCCACCGACAAAGUGGCCCUGCUGAUGGGCAACAUGCACUACCUGCACCACAAGCAGCUGAAGGCUCCCAUGGUGGAUGUGCACGCCCUGAGCGCCCUGCUCCGCCAGCUCGACUUCAAGGUGGUCUCCCUGCUGGACCUGCGCAAGGCUGAGAUGCAAAGGGCUGUGAACGAGUUCCUCCUGCUCCUCGACAAGGGCGUCUAUGGUUUGCUCUACUAUGCCGGGCAUGGUUAUGAAAACUUUGGCAACAGCUUCAUGGUGCCCAUCGAUGCGCCUAGCUCCUACACCUCUGCCCACUGCCUGUGUGUGCAGCAGGUGCUGCAGAGCAUGCAGCAGCGCCACACCGGCCUCAACAUCUUCCUGCUCGACAUGUGCCGCAAGAGGAACCUCAACGAUGACGUCAUCCCGCAGGUCGAGGCGCUGCAGGUCACAGCCAAUAUCGUCUUCGGCUAUGCCACGUGUGCAGACGCCGAAGCUUAUGAGCUGAGCCAGGGCGAGCUCUCCAACGGCAUCUUCGUCACUUUCCUCAAGCGCUGGCUGUUGGAGGAUGAGAAGAUCACAGUGCUGCUAGACAAGGUGGCUGAGGACAUGGGCACGCUGGAGAUCACGCGGGGCCGGCAGGCACUGGAGCUCCGCAGCAACCUCUCAGAGAGACGAGCUCUGACGGACCCCAUCCUGCCCCCGGGCAGGGACGAGUCAUCCGCCAGGAACUUGCAGUGGGCCAAGGCUCAUGUCCUGCCGGAGAGCCAGCACCUCCGCUUCGACUGCGGUGCCACCGUCCAGCUGGGCUUCGCGGCCGAGUUCUCCAACAUCAUGAUCAUCUACACCCGUGUGCUGGGCACCCCCAGGGACAUCGCCAAGUGCGAGGCCAAGCUCACUGACAUACCCCAGGUGGGAGAGUGUUACCAGGAUGAUGCCAGGGAAAAGGUGGGGACAAUAGUGGUGGCUUCCACAGCUGGGUGCUGUCUGUGGCAGGAGCUGGAUGUGGACCUGAAAUACACCAACAAAGAGAGCCCGGAGGAGGUGGGCAGCCCACUGGCACCCACCUGGAGCCUUGGCUGCCCCUCCUGCUGCCUCUACAGCAGGCUCUGUGGCUUGCAGAAACUGCGGCAGGAGCUGGUAUUCACUGUCUGCCUGCAGUAUCGCUACCAUGGCAUGGAUGACUUCAUGGAGGAGAGACAGAAGGUGAAUGUGGGGAAGCCUCUCAUCGCCAAGCUCAACCUGCAGCUGGCAGCCUCCCCAUCACCGCCUAGCAGCCCUCUCUCCACCUCUCCCCUGGGGAGCUGGGGGGCAACGAGUAGCUCCUGGGUCAACACUCCUGAGGAGAACCUGUCUCCUGAGGUCCCCAGCUCCUACACCCUGUAGAGGAACACCAUGGCCCCCACCUUGUC